AUGAAGAAGGAAAAGCUAAGAUUAAGCCCGCUUACUCUGACAAAAAGCUCUUCAACAAACAUAGACUCUUUGACCCUUUUAUCCUCAAAAAAUAUAAGCAGCUUACCAGCUCUUCCCAGCAACUCAUACAAAAAGAAAAUUAUUGACAAAAAAUACAAAGGCGCAUUGUCGUUUUAUAUUAAAAAAGAAGAAAACUAUUCCUUAUUGAAAACGAAAUACAAAAGGCUGCAUCAUCCGAGUUCACCAAAUUGUUCAAGUCCUAUAAAUCCCUUCAAGAAAAUCCCGAAAGGGCUGAAUUUAUCUCCUAUAGGCGGUGAUUUUUAUGCUAACUUCCCCGUUCUGCGAGCAAAUAAAACAAAUUUUGUUCGUUGAAUGGUUAAUUUUUAAAAAAAACUAUAUAUAUUUUUUAUAGUAAAAUUUAUUUUUCGAAAUUUAAAAAAAUCCCAAUUCGUUAAAAUUGAAAAGCAAAUAUUAAUUUAAUUUGUAAAAUUUAUGUUUUAAAAUGCAAAGCUAUUAAAAAUUAAUCAGAAUUGGCUAGAGAUUACAUCAUACUUAUUAUCCCUCAUGUACCAAAACAUUUUUUCAUAAAAAAUGUUUGUCAUAUUAAAAACAUUUAUAUUCGCUCACAGAAAUGGGCUUUUAGGCAAAAAAGGGAUUUCCAAUAAUUUGUUCUCUUAUAGAGGGGUAUUAAGCACCGUAGAAUUGAUGAGGAUUUGAUUAAAGACUUGUCGAAAUGCUCAUUAACUCCUAGUGAAAGGAAAAGCUUUCCUUCUUUAAAAGAAGGCUUAGAAUUGUAUGAUAAGAUUUUUUCACUUGAAAGACCAUCGAAAACAUUAGAAUUGAGACUGUCAUUAUCGCCUUCCACAAGCCCAACACUCAAAACUCCGUUCAUCAAUUUCGCUAAUUCUGAUAAAUAUUUUACAACUAUAUCACCAAAUAAUUACACGAUUAAAAGAUUAUAUAAGGAAAUAAAAAUUCCUAUUAUGAAUACUCCUAGAACCCCUUUGGCAAAGCUCAAAAGAUACUCUUUUACAAUUUUAUCAGAGUGCUGAAUCCAAGAUGAAAAGUCUGAUAUUGAAAAAAUACUUGAAACAUUGAAAAUAAAUACAAAUUAA